AUGCUCACAGCCGGCUGGCUGGUGCGAAGCCUUACUACGAACUCCCCGUACUCCACAUUCUUUGUCGUGACCGUCGGCGGAAUGGCAAUGUUGCCCGGUCUUGCGAUGGCGCCCAUAGCAGGCACGCUCGGCGACAGGCUAGACCGUCGCAAGCUGGUAAUUGGCAUACAGUGCUUCAUGGCAAUCCUCUCCUUCCUGUUCGCCAUCUUGGUCGGGCAGCAGCUUGUGUCCGUGUUCCAUGUGUACCUGUAUGUGUUCCUUGGUGGCAUCUGCCUGUCCAUUACACAGACCAACCGUAUGGCGCUGAUAGCCAACACCGUGCCUCGUGAGGCAAUGGCGAACGCUUUCGCCACCAAUGUCCUCACCAUUCCGGGAACGCGCAUGAUCGGUCCGUUCGUCGGCGGUAUCCUGAUAACAACUCUGGGCUUCUUCUGGAAUUUCACACUUGAGUCGAUUCUCUAUGUCGGCACUGUGAUCGCAUACCUACCAAUGAAGACGCCAUAUACGCAGCGCAGCAGGAAGGCCCAAGCUGAAACCUCUUUCCUAUCUGACCUGAUCGAGAGCUUCACCUAUGUCUGGAAAGAUAAGCGAGUGCUGCUAUACAUUACUCUGCUGGGGUUCAUUCCCAACACGAUCCUGGAACCUGCGAUGUUCCUGCUGCCUGUGUUCACAAGUGAGGUGUUGAAGCAGGGAGCCGAUGUCGGCGGGUACCUCGUCGCAAUCAACGGGAUUGGGCGGUUUGCUGAUGGCGUUGUUCAUCGCAUCCUUUGGCUUCAUCUUCCCCAAGGGUAA